CUGUAUGAUUUGAACAGGUCUUACACCUUUUCUGAAUUUGCAAUCAUGAACAAUGAUUUUGUGAUACUCCCUGGUUCAAAAACUGGAGUUUCUGUAAAACUGAAGGAAAAAAGUGUACGAGAGCUGCAGUUGGAAAAGGUUCAGCUGGAACUUGAAAAUAAGGAAAUGGAGAAGAAGCUGAAGCAACUACAAUCAAACAUGAGCCAAGAAAAACAAGAAAGAGAGCGAACAAAUGGAUAUCGAUGGAAAUCAGGUCAGGCUGGUCUAGGCAUACAAACGCCAAUGUUACAAAACAAAGAAAAUGUUGUAAAGGUUCCUUCAGGCAAAGUAAAACUGAGGCUACUUAAAGAACAUAUUCAAGCUCCCAUCCCAGCUAAGCAGCCACUUGUACGUAAAACAGCAAAUGAUGCAGCCCCUGAAAAGCCUAAAGUGAAAGGCAAGGCCUGUGGUCAAUGUGAGGUGAAGACUGCAUUGCUAGUAUGUUUAGAAUGUGGAGAAGACUAUUGUCCUAGUUGCUUUGCCAAAAUACACCAGAAGGGGGCACUGAAACUCCACAGAACAACUUCUUUGCAGGCGAAAGCUCGUAUCCCAAUUGGGAAAUUGGAAGCUGCACAGCAGUUCCUGAAAACUAUUAAUCCAAUGGAGACUAAUGACUGGAUAAAUAAUGGACAGAAAAAAGAAGUGACCAAUGCAGUAGAGGAUAUAGUUGCUGUUCCUUCAUCUUUACCAAAAAUGCCAACAGAUAAUACUGAGGAACAUUAUACAGUACCUUCUACAGAGGGUUGGGCUGAGAUUCAGAAUGGUGGAUCUCUCCUGCAUGGUACCUUUGAUGAAGAAGAAUCUGCAACGUCUUUUCAAGAAGCUCUAAAUCAAUGGAGAAGUGGAAAUUGUUCCCAAAAAACUAAAGAAGAACAUUCCUGCCAGGUUGGGUCAGAAAAUUCAGGUACAUGUCAGGUGCAGACAAGCCCUCCAAUUAUGAAAAAGUCUAUUGAAAUUGAAUUCAAAGAAGAUAGCUUGAAAUAUAUGGAAAGAUUAUUAAUUAAGAAGCAUAGAAGAAGUCCAGUUGAUAAAUUGCCAGAUAAUAUAAUGGAUGAACUAAAACUCAAGGAAUCAUUGACAAAUGAAAUUCCUGAUACUUGGAGCAGAGAAGAAGAAGAAGAGGAUGAUGAAGAGGAUGAGGAUGAGGAAGACAUGAUAAUUAGUCAUAAUAUAGCUACAGAAAUGAAAAAGUAUUGGGCAGGCAUUUUGAGACAAGAAGAGCCUGAGACUGUUCUUCUAAACUCUGAGCCCUCUUUGAAAAUCAAAAUCCUUGAAGAUGCUUGUAAUGAGGAGUCAGAAGAAGAGUCCACUAAUUUUAUAGUAAUGGAGGCUGGGUCUGAUGAGCUGAUUUACUAUGGUGGUACCACGUCAAAAACUCAGAAGCCUGAACCAGAAAUGUUUUUGCCAUCCACUGUCAAUAUGCCUACAAGGUCACCUUUUUCUUCUGUAGUUGACAGACAAAAGAGCUUAACUUUUCUUCACAACAAACAUGAAGAAACUCCUAAAGCAAGAACAUCUUCACAGUCUGAAAGAGCUGAUGUUGCUGGUGGUUGUUCCUGUGCAGAAGAGAUGGCUCCCAGCUCCUUAUCUGAAAGAGCAAUAACAAAAGACAAGAGUGGUAAAACCAAAAAGAAAAGCUCUUGCAUGUCAAAUGAGCAGACAUCUAGUCCUCCUAAAUUGGCUGCCAGCAAACCUUUCCCAAUAAUGAAGUUAGUUAAAGAAAGCAAAAUGUCUCAAGUCUUGCAUGAUGCUUCACCAGUUACUCCAAAAGAUUCAUUGUUGUUGCAGGUAGCCCUAAGAGAGAAACCUGCUUGUAACCCUUAUCGAGGCCUUGAAGGAUUCUUUACAAUGGGUACAAAUUGUCUGCAACUUAGGAUGGAUCCCAUUCCUUCAUCAUGCAAGGCCCGAGAGUCUCCCAUGAGCAGCAUUUCAUUUUCAGGAUCUGAGCAAUGGACAAGGCACUUGAGUUUAGGGGACUAUGCUGAUGAAUCUAUAGUAGAAGAAAUAUUGAAGAAAGAGCUUGGCAGACCAUUAAGUAGACUGGGAAGGCAAACCCCAAGUAUUAGACUUUCUCUGCCAACAUUAUCCAUUGAUAAUGCUCCUUCAAGACCUUUUUCUGCAAAUAUUCCCCUUUGCAGAAUUGUUAAACACAGGCCUCGCCCAUCUUCAGUCAUUGAGACGGCAUCCAAACGUUUGAAUGCACAACCUUUAUCUCAAGCUGCUUUUGAAAUUUCAGAAAUUGAAGGCACUGAUGUCACUGAGAAUGAUGAUCCUUUUUUAGAAUAUCACUCCAAUCAACAAGCCUUAACAGAUUUAGAUCAUGAACUGCAGAGUAUUGCAGAUUCCUGGGAAAAUCUCAAUGGUUUAAACUGUGGAGACUUUGACAGACAUUCAAAAAUCACAUACCAGGAUUUCCAUAACAACCAUGAAAUCGAAGACUAUAGUCAAGGCGAUGCUGUAAGCAUCUAUGAUGAACAUUAUACAGAUGAUGAGGAAGACCAGAUGGACAAACAGCAGGUGAUAGAAUUACAGUGAAAAAAGAAUCCAACUUCAUAUGAUCAUCUAUUUCAGCCUUCUAACCAAUCCAAAAUGCUUGUCCCAAGUAUGGUGGAUCAACUGAGCUCAUGAGGAAGUAAAUAAAUAAAUUAAAUGCACAUUGGUACUAAAAGAUAAAUGAAGAACAAUAUGUUUGGGCUUUUCCUCUAUCAAAACUCCUGUGGUUUUUCCAUAUAAGAAUUUAAUUUACAUUUGCCUUAUCUAUACUAAUGAAGCAAGGAGACAGGUUCAUCCAGAGAUUUUGGUUAUAAAACUUCAUGGUUCCUUGAAACUCAGCUUAACGGUGAGUGACAGAACCCUUCAAAAAGAACUGUUAACUGGUGUACAUCUUGACCAAUGAUUGUAGCUCGCCUGGAUAUCCACAAAGGAAAGGACAUUAUAUUUCCAUAUGAGAAUGUUGCAACAGUUAGGGAUUUGCCAUUGUUCUGUCUAUUCUGAUGGCACUAGUAGAAUCUGGAACAGAAUCAUUUUGCCAGCUUUGCUGUACUGUGAAAGUGCAACAAAACUAGUGUCUUCUUCCAAAGCCUCUGCAGAGGUUCUGGGCAGUCCAUCCCCCAUUAAUGGAAACUCUUACCUCAUCCUGCUUUCUGAAUUCUUUUCCUCAUCAUAUUGUAUUCUCUACAUUGGAAGCUUGGUCGCAUUAAAGAUUGGUUUCACUUUUUUUUAAACAGGUAUUGGUAUGGAAAUGAGCAGGUAUAGGAAUCAGUGUGGUCUAACCAAUAUGGUGAUUUGUCUUACAUGAGAAAUUCCUAGCUUAAAUCCUUGUAUAGUUGUUGAAGUAUAAUCAUAGUAACUACAGCAACAAUUUUCAUCAUCUUAAAUCCAUAACUGAAUAGAUUUUAAAAUGUUGCAAAAUGUUGAAAAAUCUGUGUGAUUGGACACAUUUGAAAGAUGGAGAAUAUGCGAAUACACUGGGCUCAGGCAAUUUCUGUUCUAUGUUCAAGUUUCCAAAAA